AUGCGUUUCGCCUCUGCCAUCGUUGCCGCCGCUGCCGCCGCCAUCGCCAGCGCCCAGGUUGUCUUCCCCUUCGCCCCUGAGGGUGCCUGUGUUGCCAAAUGCACUGACGACGCCGGAAAGUUCUACUUCCCCCUCUACGAUGAUGUCGACGUCAACGGUCCCUUCUUCUUCACCUCCCUCUCGUACACCUUCGAGCGCGGCACCCCCAUGGCCAUCGCCUUCAUGACCAAGGCCGGUACUUGCAUGAACGACUGCCCCAUUGACCAGCAGAAUGCCUACCGUGACAGCUACUACCCCAAGUACAACUGGUACCAGGCUAACAAGCCCGCUCCCCUCCGCCGUCGCGCUUAA